GCUGGUGUCACACAGAACUCUGUCCCCCUUGUGUGUCACCGGGUGGUUUGGCUCCUUCAACAUGUCUGGUGCGGUGUCCGGCAGAGUCCUCCUUCAGAGAGCGAGUCAGGGGUUUCUCUUCUCCUCCAGGGCUGUACCCGCCUUCUCAAGCCCGUUUCUGUCUCGUGCUCACAGAUUGGGACCCAGCGAUGAUGAGAUGUACCAGCGUACCACAGUGUCCGUCAUGCAGAAGGAGCCCGGCAGUGGGGUCAUGAUCCAGAGCUACAGUCCCAGAGGAUUCAACAUCGAUGGCAAUAAGGUGUUUGGACCCUGCGCUGUGCUGCCUCCUGCCAUCCUGCAGUGGAAUGUUGGCAGUUGUAAAGACAUCACAGAGGAAAGUGUCUCGCUCUUCCACAUGCUUGAACCAAGAAUAGAGAUUCUUGUGCUGGGCACAGGUGCACGGCUUGAACGAAUUAACCCCUCAGUCCUCGCUCUACUCAAGACUAAAGGCAUCGCUGUGGAGGUGCAAGACACGCCAAAUGCAUGUGCAACCUUCAACUUCCUGACCAGUGAGCGAAGAAUGGCAGCUGCUGGUCUGAUCCCUCCACCCGUCAGCACAGCCCUGGAAGUCACACAGGAAUAAGUGCUGUGAUGCACCGUAAGAUGGUGCAGGGCUGUAAGAUGGUUAUUUUUCUUAUGCACAAAGCUCCCAAAGGAACAAAAACAGUGAUCUCCAUCUUCCAUAUUUGGUUGCAACAGUUAUGUUAUAGAUUAAUAUGUUAAGAGCAGCCGUUGUCAUCCAUUGAUCUGGGGCAGGCUGGACAUUGCGCUGACAACGAUAUGAGAUUUUUCUCAAAAGUACAAACAAAAGUUUGAUAAUAGUUUCAUGUACUGAUUUGUACAAACAGUUGUACUGCUUGUAGAUCUAAUUGUAGACGUGUGUGUGUGUGUGUGUGUGUGUGUGUGUGUGUGUGUGUGUGUGUGUGUGUGUGCGUGUGCGCGCGCAUGCAAGUUUUCAGGUGAAUGUAGUCAAGUGAGGACACCAAUGACGGAGAAUUAAACCAUAUUAAAGUGCAGCUGUAUUCUUUCAUAAAAAUACUGUGUGUAUAAAAUAUAUAUUUAAAUGCUUUACAUGUUACAAACAAUAAUUCACGUAUCGUGCAUUUACUGUGUUUUCAUGCAUAGCAUAAAUGUAUAAUAAGACCAACCAAGUAAACUGUAUUUUUUUAUUUUAAAAAGACACAGUGAAGAUA